UGCCGGUAUAAAUAUAAUCCGUUAGUUGCCAACGAAUCUUUAGCGGAAGAAGCAUCGUACAGUCCGCAAUCACGAGUGGACUCCUGUGGAUCCAGAGUGACGGAAGCAAGUGACGAAUCCAGCGGCAGUAACCGAGGAGGGAUAUAACACAGUCAGUUCUUAAAUCGUAGUCGGCCAGAGCACCGAUUAUCUUUCAAAGAGGAAGAAAGGAAAUUUGUGUCCGAGCGCUGUCGAGUUGAUAGCUGUUUAAUCAUGUGGAUUGCUCGAACCCAGACUGUUCUCUUGUGCCUCCUAGUGAUCCUAGCGUCGUAUUCACACGCUAACAAUUCCACCGUGCUGAAGAGUGAAAAGAGAUUGAAAAUCUUGGCGAUCUUCGCUCACCUUGGCAAGAGCCAUUUCGACGUGUUCGAGCCGCUUCUUGUCGAACUGGCGCGUCGCGGUCACGAUCUGACGGUGAUCUCUCAUUUCCCAAGAACCGAGAAAGCAACGGCGGAGGAACCUUUGCCUACUUACAAGGAUAUUAGCCUGCUAGACGAGAAAAUUGGCGUUUUUGUAAACGUGGUCGAUCUGAACUCGAUAGAUGUUUUCAGCAUACUUAUACCGAUCACAGAUUUAUAUAAGCUGCACUCAGUGUCGGCAAUCACGUGCGAGAUCUGCUUGAAGAAUCCAGAAGUGAAACGUCUGGUUGACUCUGGCGAGAAGUUCGAUCUGCUGUUCGUAGAGAGCUUCAACAGUAACUGUUUCAUGGCUUUAGUGCACAAGUUCAACGCGCCUUUCAUACAAAUAUCCACUCAUCAGCUGAUGACAUGGGCCAUCGACGAUUUGGGACUGUCCAACGAGGCCAGUUAUAUACCGGCGAUGUUCACUCGAUUGCCAAGGCCGAUGAACUUCUUCCAAAGAAUGAUAAACGCGGUAACGAUCUUGUUUUCGACGAUGGUGUUUCGCACGAUGUUCCACUGGCAGGAUCAAUCCAUAGCCAAUAAAUAUUACGGACCGGGGCUUCCAGACUUGAGGUCGGUCAGUAACAACGCAUCGUUUAUGUUCGUCAACACGCAUUACAGCGUGCACGGCGCUAUCUCGUUCCCGCCAAAUGUGAUUGAAAUAGGCGGAAUUCACAUCUCGCCGAAAGUGAAACCUCUGCCAGCGAACAUCAAAAAGUUCUUGGACGAAGCCCACGAGGGCGUUUUGUAUUUCAACCUAGGCUCCAUGGUGAAAACUGCCAGCAUGCCGAAGGACAAGUUGGACGUACUAAUCAAAGUGUUCGCGUCUAUUCCUCGAAAAGUGAUUUGGAAGUGGGAGGUGAAUGAAAUACCGAAAUUAUCCAGCAACGUUCUGGUUCAGAAAUGGUUGCCUCAGUACGACAUAUUGAACCAUCCAAAUGUCAAGUGCUACUUCGGUCACGGUGGUCUUCUUGGUUUAUCGGAAGGAGUUCAGACCGGGGUUCCAAUGAUCCUCAUGCCUUUCUACGGUGAUCAAUAUCAGAACGCGAUCGCGGCUCAAGCCAGAGGCGCCGCUUUGAUCGUGAAUUUUGCCACAAUGGACGUGGAAACGUUGAUGCACGCUCUGGAUGAAAUGUUCAACAAUACCCGGUACAGCGAAAACGCCAAGAAGCUAUCGAAAGCUUACAGAGACCGACCGAGUACUCCGUUGGAGACAGCAGUGUGGUGGACAGAAUACUUGGGUCGGGGGAAUGCUCUACCAUACGUGAGAAGCGAGGCGGCGAACAUGUCCUGGUGUCAACGCAAUCUCAUCGAUGUCAUGCUUGUAUUAGCGCUCCUUGCGUUGCUCUCCGUCUACGUUUCGUUCAGAGCAUUGAAAUACAUUCUGACUAGACUCAAAAAGAAACAAGAAGAGAGAAAUGAUGGAAUGUCGUCGAAGAAGAGGGAUUGACGACGAUGCCGUUGAGAGACUUCAUGAUGACAAAUAACGUAAAAGACAAAAGAAGACGAUUAUGUAUAUACGAGUGAUGCGAUGAAAAAAGAAAGAAAGAAAAAAAAGAAGGGAUAAGAACUGACGACACGUAGACAACUACACCAUGCCAUUAGUGCACUUUUCGUUUAAUUUAGCUUCGAAACGCUCUAUCGCGAGAUUUCCUCCUUUCGCCGAGAAACAAAAGGGUCGAUCCUGCUUGAGGCGAAUUUCGACGUGAUGCCUCGACAAUAGCCAAUCACGGAGCCUUUUUAUCUGGAGCUGCCGUUCGAUAAAUUAAAUCAUCAGCCGUCCGUGGGUGGAGCGUGUUCCUAAUUCUGAUUACACCGCGCUUCAGAGGCGGAAGUCCGUGGCAAUUUUCGCGAAUGCUCGUUCCUCUCUCUUCCUGUUUGCGCGUUUCUUUUUACUCCGGAGGAACGCUAGCCGUGGAAAUAAGGACUGAGCUUAGUGGAAAUAGAAGGCUGUGACUAAAGACAGACAGUGUUGGG